ACCUCAACCCUUCAGAACCCAACCCGCAAACCACACGGCAACGCCCUGCCAUGGGAAUCACCACCACCAACAACAACGGUGCCGCUGCACCCACCCAUGCCGCGGACGGAGCGGGCAACCAGGCCGGCCGCGACCACGUAGUCGUGUUCCCGUUCAUGGCCAAGGGCCACACCCUCCCACUGCUCCACUUCGCCACGGCGCUCGCCGUGCACCAAAAGAACCUCCGCAUCACCGUGGUCAUCACGCCCGCCAACCUCGCCUUCGCCCGCAGCCGCCUCCCGGCGUCGGUGCGCCUCACGGUGCUCCCGUUCCCCUCGCUGCCGCCGCUGCCAUCCGGCGUCGAGUCCACGGACACCCUGCCCGGCCCGGACCUGUACCCGACGUUCCUGCGCGCCACGGCGCUCCUGCGGGCGUCCUUCGCGGAGUUCAUGGCGUCGCUCCCGGCCCCGCCGCUCGUGCUCGUCUCCGACUCCUUCCUCGGGUUCACGCACCGCGUCGCGGCCGCCGCAGGCGUCCGUCGCAUCGUGUUCCAAGGCAUGUCCUGCUUCUCGAUGGCCACCUGCAGGUCGCUCAUCACGAGCCCGCCGCCGCCUGUCGCUGAGCACGGCGCAAGCUUCCACGUCGCCCAUAUGCCGGAACACGUGAGGAUCACGGCGGCGGAUGUCCCGGACACGAUCACCAAGCUCGGCGACGCCGAGGACCCAGUGACCCGGUUCCUUAUCGAUGACAUCGGCGAGUCCGACGCGCGCAGCUGGGGCGUCCUGGUCAACAGCUUCGCCAUGCUGGAAGAGGACUACGUAUCGGCCUUCAUGUCGUUCUACCAGCCGGGCGCGCGCGCCUGGCUGGUGGGCCCUCUGUUCCUCGCCGCCGGCGACGUGCCGGAGCGCGAGGAUGAGCAGGACCCGGAGGGGUGCCUCGCCUGGCUCGACGAGAUGGCGGAGCGGCCGGAGUCGGUGGUCUACGUGUCGUUCGGCACGCAGGCCCAUGUCUCCGACGAGCAGCUCGACGAGCUGGCGCGCGGGCUGGUGCAGUCCGGCCACCCAUUCCUCUGGGCCGUCCGGUCCGGCGCGUGGUCGCCGCCGGUGGACGUGGGGCCGCACGGAAGGAUCGUCCGCGGGUGGAUCCCGCAGAGGAGCGUGCUGGCUCACCCCGCGGUGGGAGGGUUCCUGAGCCACUGCGGGUGGAACUCGGUGAUGGAGAGCCUGGCAGCGGGGAAGCCCGUCCUGGCGUGGCCACAGAUGGCCGAGCAGCACCUGAACGCGCACCACGUCACGCACAUCAUCGGCGCCGGGGUGAGGAUAACGGCCGCCGGGGGCGCCGGGGCCGUGGUGGGCAGGGCGGAGGUGGAGCACAAGAUCAGGAGGCUGAUGGACGCCGGCGACUCGGACGGACAGAAAAUGCGAGCCAAGGCGGCCUGGGCUCAGAAGGCGGCCAAGUCAGCGGUGAGCGACGGUGGCACCUCCCGUGUCGCCUUGCUGAAGCUGGUGGAAGAGCUGCUGGGGAGCUACUGUGACAUCAUCGCGGCGAACGAUAAUCAAAUCAAUCGGCCGCGACGGGACGAUACGGACGCCCAUGAUUUGUGAAAAAUAACUUCAGGUCCUCUGUAUGUGCACCGAUGUGUGAUAUGCCGUGUACUCCUCCAUUAAUUUUGUAGCGUCGUGACUGUGCACUUCAUGAGGCUGCUGGUCAUUUGCUUUAUCUUAGCUAUUUUAGUGUUCGACUGAAGUGAUGGCCCGUUGGUGCCGUCGGACACGUCCGUUUUCACAGUGCUCGUGCCGCCCCCUGCCGGCACUGCCGCCCUUCCCAUUUUCACUUUCUAUGCUGAAGAAUCAUCACGUGCAAAUGGAUCUGGACACCCACGAGAGCACCAUAUGCAAGGAGCAUCGCAGGACAUCUCGUGACCACUCCUACUUCAAAGACAAGCUGUGUCGUCGCGUGCGGCUUGCUGGCAAGGAGGCCAAGUACUCUUCCAUGCUCGUCAAGGCCGUUAAGGCCAAGGCCGCUCGCCUCUCUGCUGCGGAGGUGGGCACAACCAUUGAUCAUGCCAUCCAGGAUGCCCGCCUCAACGCUGCCGAUGGUCCUCCUGCCUCUCCUGAAGACCUGGCUGCCAUUACGCUGCUGUGUGGUGCCGAUGACGGCCAUGUUGACGCCAUUCUUGGAUCCGAGGCCUCUGCCUCCG